AUGCGAUCACAAGCCAGAGCCGCCGACUUGGACGAUAGAAGCACAAGCCAGCCUUUGAUGUCGGACACGCCAGAUGUUGCCGAAGCAACGCCAAUUCCCCAAGGCACGAGACCCGGUAACGAAGCCAGUGCAGCAAAUGAAGUCUGCAAUGAUGAGUCCAGUGCCGAAUCCGCCACCGAUGUGAAGGAGACGAUUCAUCUCAGGCUAGUUUCCACCUGGUGGAUCGAAAUUAUUACUAUGAGCAUCAGCUUCGGCUGCAUAGCUGCGCUUGUCUGCAUCCUCGUGCGAUUUCAGAACAGGCUAUUGGCAGAGUGGUCCUUUUUUAUCAGCAUCAAUGCCACCGUUGCCAUUGCAAUAACAGCCGCAAGAGUAACACUUCUCGCUGCCAUUUCGGUCUGUCUCAGUCAAGAGAAAUGGACACAUUUUACCAAGAGGACCCAUCGCCUCAAGGAUUUUGCUAUUAUUGACACAGCAAGCCGCGGGCCUCUUGGCUCCUUACAAAUGCUAUAUAAAGUUUCAUGGGGAUUUGCUAGCAUUAGUGCGAUGGUUGUUAUUUUAUCCCUCCUCACAGAUACAUUUGUGCAACAAGUAGUCCAACUCGAACCUGGAACGAUAUCUACCUACCAGGAGGGCUCGGCAACUUUCGGGUAUGCGCAUGGUUACAAAAGCUACAAAAGCUAUAAAUAUGAAUCACUUGGAAUGGACAUCAAUAAUGAUAUAAACAGCGCGGUCCUCGGCGGCUUACAGCCGAAUAGCAGGAGCUUCGCGUUUAAUUGCAAUUCCAACUGUACCUGGGACAGCUACUAUAUAACCCUGGGCUUUAGUAGUACCUGUACGGAUGCCACCAAGGAGACCUUGAAGACUCUCAAAUGUAGUGAAGGUCCACAAACUCAUUCAAUUACAGGAGAGCAGGGUCUACCUUGUACAAUGAGUACACCCAACGAUGUCCAAUUCACAUUAGCGGCAAGGGCAAUAUCCAAGUCGUAUAUGAAUAUUAACUCUAGCGAAUUGGCCAUAAUCGAUGAUCUUAAUGGUUCACAAGCUUUUCAUGCUGCUGUCUGGACCUGGGAACCUGGAGAUGAUUAUUCUGUGGAUAUAGAGAUACCUGAUCUCAAAACCCUCUUGCAGAACAGUUCGGUGAUCAUUGAGUGCGCACUCGGAGUCUCCUUGUACAACUACUCAGAUAUCUCGUCAAUCUCAAAUAACUUCACCAUUGGCACCACCAAACUGAUCCCCCUCGGCGUAACCACUGGGCUUACUACUUCCGAUAUGCUAGGUGAUACGCACCAUCCUCAUCAGGAGACGUCUUUGUGGUGGAACCAUACCGAGGGAGAUAUGCCAAAUAACUAUAUUUCUGCGAUUGAUCUUCGCUACGCCUCCAGCUUCUUCCAGUCGUCUGCCUUCUCCGGCACUAUUGGCGAUGGUACCCCUGCUGAUCGUACUUUUUCUCCAGGAGCCACGACCUUUUUUGGCAAUGGAACUCUGGAAGUCGUAUCAGGCAUAUUCGACAGUAUCUCGCAAAGUCUCACUGACAUGAUACGGCAAGGCAGCGCAAUGCAAAUUGCACAGGGUACAACGAGCCAAGCUGUCGUAUAUAUCCGCGUGCGUUGGGUAUGGCUCAUUUUGCCCUUCGUCGUCCAGUUGAUGGGUGGAAUUGCGCUCUUCGUGACCGUUGUUGGGACGAAGCGAACAAGUGACGCGCUCCUAUGGAAGGGUUCAACCUUGGCAGUGCUUUAUCAUUCGGUUGAUAAAGAUGGGGUUAUAGGAUCUCAUCUUCGGAAUGUAGAGGAUUUGGAGAAGGUCGAGGAGACGCAAGUCAUGUUGGAGAAGAAAGAUGGCGUGUCUGAUUCGUAA